UUGCAUUGCCUGGGUUGAUGCAUUAUUCACGUUAUACAAAUGAGUCCCAUCGGUUGACAAACAGUCCAAAAAGCAAAUAAGGAACAGUGAGGGAGGGAAGCCCACGGUUUCUGAAUCGCGAGUGUGUGUGUGUACCGGUACAUUUGAGGAUGGGGUGGAAAGUUACAGUAUGUGCGUUCGUCGUUGCCAUAUGCGGUCUCAACGCUUCAGCGCAAGUGAUAAACGACCCAGCAAACGUGACUGCGUCUAUCGGCGACACGGUGAACCUGGAGUGGACGUAUAACGCACAGGGCCAGCUCCGGUUAUUCGAGGUCUGGAAGAAGGCGCCCUCCAUGGCGCUGGCUUCAAGGUCCGGUGGACCAGUCCAGUACUUCCGACAAAACCAGAACGGGGGCGAUCCCAAGUACAGUGUGAUCGGGCUGGCCACGCUGCAGGUGAAGGAUGUGCAGAAGGAGGAUAACGGACCGUACGAGCUGUCAAUCACCUUCGGAAACGGAUACGUCUUAUCUUCAACAGCCUACCUCAUCGUCAACUACCCACCCAGCAUUGACGGCAUCACGGCCAGCCCCAGCUCCACCGUGAGAGAAGGCUCCUCCCUCACCCUCAUGUGCAACGCAGACGGCAACCCCGAACCCGCCGUGCGCUGGACCAGACAAAGCGGCGCCCUCGGUAAAGCCGCCACCAUCGACGCCAACUCCGGCAAUCUGGUGUUUCCCAACAUCACGCUGGCAGACAAGGGGACGUACACGUGUUCCGUGGAUAACGGCAUUCCUGAAGCCGCCUCCAAAGAUAUCUCCAUCAAUGUCCUAAGCGACCAACUUGAACUUACCACCCUGGUCCCAACACCGUCACUAACGUCACCACUACCACCUCUCACGUCAUCUAUGACGUCAUCUGUGACGUCUGUUGUACCUUCACUGUCCUCAGAGGGCAUCGACGCCACCCUGCCCCCUCUUGUUGUCGGUGAUGACGGGGAUCCAGAGAGCACGGCCACAGCGCUGUACCCGGCUCCACGGUCCGGCGUGGGGAGAUUGCAGGCCUGUAUGUACGUCAUGUGCCUACUGCUCAGCAUAUUCCUCGCUGGACCUCGGCAGUCAUGAUUCCUCAUGUGUGACGUACCCAAUACAGGCGCCCAACAAAUGAUGACGUGUGAUAGAAUAUGUGCACAGACAGGCUUCGAUUGGUCGGGGUGAAACCUUUGCAUCUGCUAUUCUAAUUUUGUGGUCUGAACUUAUGUUUCGAUGGUACAUUGAAACUUAUCGACCGUUAUACGGUAAACAAAAGAGGAGAAAACAUUGAACUAGCAAAGAGACUUACCCCCAUCACUUGGAGACUGAUUCUGAGACUAGCGUUAGGGAUCAUAACGAGUGUGACAGUAGGUAGGCAUUGAUCGUGAAUUUUUUUGUUGACUUCUUCUUUCACAUAGUCACCAUAUUUUUACAGAAUGGUAUUCUAGCUGCCAUAUUUUCUUCUCACUACUACAUCUUGGAACGUCAUAGUCGCCAUCUUGAAAGAAAAACAGGUUUUCCCUAGAUUACGUAGAUACACAGGUCUAUAGAGAAGUGAAUUGUUGCUUUAUCAUGACUUGAGAAAUCUUGUAAAAAAAAGAAUUCGAGGCAAGUUUGGUUCGUCAUUCCGUCAGAAAGGAAAUCUCGUUUGCUCUCGCGAGAUUUGGACAACUGCUUGGUUGCCCAAAUACGAGACUUGGAGUAAGUUGCUUGUGCUGUACAAAAUUGUGCCAAUCAGGGUGUGUAACUAACAAAAAGCGUGCGUUGUGAAGUAUUGAAUAAGUAAUGGAAUGAGUCGUCGUACAAUAAUUGUGCAUAAUUAUAUUUGUAUAUCAUGAUGGCAAAAAAUGCGACUUUUGAACAGUCAGCAGGGUGAAUAAUGUAUCCUAUAAGGUUAGUUAGCGUUUGUGAAUAUUUAGUAUUUUUUACAUUGGUUCCUCCUUUCGUCUGUUUUACAAAGUUGUAACUAUGAUUUUAUGUAGACGUUUUAACUUUUGUAGUCAGCAAGGGCCUUAGAUAACGCUAGCUAGGAAUAGGUAUUGUGCAGUUGGGUGGGUACAAAAGUUGUAUUUCAUUUGAUUCGACGGAAAAUCGUUCCUUGGUGCUUAGUAGCAUCAAGUUCUGUUGUCAGAAACUGAGAAGAAUUGUGUGCCGACAUAUAUGUGAUGGGUAAGGGUGCGUUUGAAAUGGAUCGAUCCUAAAACCUCGCCCCCUGUUCGAUCAUGGUUCUAUUUCGAACACCUCCAUCAAAACAGCCAUUUCUGUCCAAUAAGGCAGUUUUUGACGGAGGUGUUCGAAUAGAAUAUAGGGUUCUAUCUGUUCGAUAUGGCGUUCGACUGGAUCGGUUCAUUGUAGGCAAAGUGUGAGAGUGACUGUUUGUGGAAGUGAAAAGUUUCAAUUAGAGAUAGCUGUUCGAAUGGACGAUGUGUUAUUUCAUUGUUUUCAUUGUUCUAGAUGAUUUUAGUUGCCAUUAAAACUCUUGACAAGCGUCUGUACAUCGAAAGAUAUGUUGCUUGGGAAUAUGUAUGAAAGGAGCCAAUUCUUCCUACCAAUAGUCUUCUAUAGCGCUUGGUGACAUGCUUGUGUUGCAAGGUCAAAGUAUGAUUUAUCAACAGAAAAUAUUACCUUUCGUUAUCACCGUGAUCGGUUGCCAUUAUUCUAAUAUCACCAAAAUCUUAUCCUUUUAUUCCUUUCAAUGAAAAAUGAAAUCCAUGUUGACCAGUUGAAUGUUAACAUCUCGUCUAACAAAAAGCUGAAUAUUCUAAAUGACGUACCUCAAAAAAUCUGUAAAAAUGUCGCCGCCAUUAUCACGACCUAUAAUUGAUAACCACUGAUAUAACGUUAACUGCACGUUGACUUUAAGUCGAAGUUCUCGACGCAAGCUCUAUGGCAGCAAAACCCCACAACCAAUGAGCAUCCAGCUCCAAAAUGUAUAGAGAAUGUAACCGCCAUCUUGUAUAUUACCCACAAUCCCUUCAAGGACGACCCGUGAAUCUUCGAGUUGGUGAGAAUUCAAGACUGUGAUCACGUGAUGUGACAAGCAUUAUGGGUAGGUCAAACUCCGUGUACAAACGUCAAAAAACUCUACAGAUGCAGCUACUUGCAUCUCAUGGUUCCAAGUUUAGGUCAGAGUUCAAAAUUUCAGUACACAAUCGGGUUUUAGGAGUAAUAUUCCGUUUUUGAAACGUUUACUGCCCAAUAGAGGACUGUACUCGUUUUCAGGGACUUUCUUUACUGUUUGAACUUUUUGUCUGAAGCAAAAACGUCUAUACAAGUGGGAAUCAUCUGCAAGCGAAUUGAUCUUCGUCUGAAGGUUACUAGUACUUCGAAAAAAAUCCUAAUCGGGUAUCAUUGGGAUCUUGAACUUUGACCCAGACCACAAUGCAUCACGACUGUCCAUGCGCACUCGGAACCGUGAGGAAGCUUAUGGUAUACUGCCGGACUGUGUAUGGGAGGGGGGCAGGUUUAGCAAACCGCAUCCACAACACACUCUGUACAGCUCACCACCUAUUCUCUAUAACACUGCCUCUUAACUACAUAUGUCGUUCUGCAGAAGCGUAGACACCAUGGCUAUGUAUGAAAGUUUAUAUAGCACUUAGUAGCUCACCUGUAAUACUACUACUGUCGUCCAUAAUUGCAACUUUCACCGUGUGUCAUCUGAGGAUGUAAUAAAUAAAUCCUGUGUGUACAAGUUUC